AUGGACGAACAGGACCCUCUAGUAUUUGGCGACACAGUUAGCAACAGAUUAUUUGGGCUUCCAGAAGUAUUAGAUAAAAAUGUUGAUGAUAUAAUUGUUAACGAAUGCAACACUGUUCUAACAAAACCACCUGACCGGUACAAUUUUGGAUUUUUAAUAUUUUAUGUACUUGGUACUUGUCUUCUACUUCCAUGGUACUUUUUUAUGACUGCAAAUGAUUAUUGGAUGUAUAAACUACGCAAUUUGCCAAAUGAUACCCAAGUUAUUUUUCUUCUACCGAAUGAGGACCAUGGUCAUUCAAGACUUCAAGCUAACUUCACUUCUUUUCUUACCAUUGCCGCAUCAGUUCCUAGUUCAUUAACCUUAUUACUAAAUACAUAUUUAGCUAAAAAGAUGUCAAUUCAUUUUCGAAUGAUCAGUUCAUUGAUGUUAAUGCUUGUUUUGUUCACAAUUACAACAAUUUUAGUUAAUUUGGAUUCCGAUUCAUGGCAAAUAUUGUUCUUUAUAAUUACCUUAGGAACAGUCAUUUUUUUGAACAUUGGAAGUUCUAUAAUGCAAGGAGCUGUGUUCAAUUUAGUCACAUUUUUUGAUAGUAGCUACAUGACAGCAACUGUAUGUGGUCAAGCAUUGGGAGGCAUUGUCGCUGCAUUAGCUCAAAUAUUGGCUUUGUGGUGGGGUGCAUCGUCUGUCCACAGUGCCUUUGUUUAUUUCUUAUUUGCUGAUAUAUUCAUCUUGCUCUCUCUAGUUUUAUAUGCUAUUUUAGUCAAAACAACUAUUUAUAAGUAUUAUGUUCAAGACGUACCUGCAAGCGCCUGGAUUAGACGUUCAUCUUCUACACAAUAUGCUUUACUUGGCAAUGAACGAACUCCUAUUGCUGAUACAUAUGUGGUUUUAAAAAAGAUAUGGAAAUUGGGUUUGAGCACUUUCUAUAAUUUUUUAGUCACUAUGUCUGUUUACCCAGCAGUUACUGUAUUGAUAACUUCAGUGAACAAAGAACACACUGUCUGGACAGAUACAUAUUUUUUGCCAGUGAUAGCUUAUUUACUUUUCAGUACGUGUGAUUUCUUAGGGAGAGUAAUGUCAAACCUCAUACCACUGCCAGUCAAUAGUAUUUGGCCAGCCACAGUAUUAUCUGCUUUGAGAACUAUUUUUAUUCCAUUGAUGAUGCUCUGUAACGCAAAGCCUCGGCAUUAUUUACCCGUCUUAAUAAACAAUGAUCAGUUAUAUGCUGUCAUUAUGUCUAUCUUUGGUCUUACCAAUGGUAUAGUUUCUAACAUCACAAUGGCUUCUAUUCCCUACUUUGUUGACAAGCAUGAACUGGAAAUGGCGAGUUCAUUGAUGAUUACAUUCCUUGGUAUUGGAAUUUCUACUGGUUCAUUGGUAAGUUUUGGCAUGGUUAAUUUACUAUAA